UCGACAUAAAUGCACUCAGACGCACUGAGACAAUCCCAGCCUCAUCCAUCACAUCCAUCACAUUCAUCAUCAUCCAUCUACCAAAAUGACUACCACACCCCUCCUCCACGGCAUCAUGGUCGCCCUGAUCACCCCCUUCACCGACGACAAGACCCAAAUCGAUGCCACCCGACUAAAGUCCCACAUCGACCAUCUGAUCAGUGCCGGCGUGCACGGGCUCGUCCCCGGCGGCAGCACCGGCGAAUUCACCACCCUGACGCGCGCCGAACGCAAACAACUCACGGAACUCUGCGUUGAGUAUGCGGCCGGCCGCGUGCCCGUCGUCGCCGGCACAGGCAGCACCUCCACCGAGGAAGCAGUCGAUCUCGCGCGCCACGCGGCCCAGGCUGGCGCUGCAGCCGUUAUGGUCGUGCCGCCGUUCUACGACCCUCUAACCGUGGAGGAAUUGAUGGAGAUGAUGGCGGAGAUUCGCGAGGCGAGUCAGCUGCCGAUCGUGUACUACAAUAUCCCCGCCGCGUGCGGGUUGACGUUGUCGCCGACGCAGAUUGCGGAUCUGAGUAAAGUCGGGGUCGAGUAUCUUAAGGAUACGUCGGGUAAUGCGCCGGCGUAUACGGAAUUAGUUUUUGGGUUGUCGGAUCGGAUCACCGCGUUUAAUGGCUGGGAUACGCUGACGUUUUAUGGCUUGGCGGCUGGGUCGCCGGGGGCGGUUUGGGGUGCCGCGAAUAUUAUUCCGGAGUUGGCGGUGGAGUUGUGGAAUGCGGUUGCUGUGGAGGGGGAUUUGAAGAAGGGUCGUGAGUUGUGGGCGAAGGCGUGGCCGAUUUGUAAGUUUUUGGAGUCGCAUAAUUAUGCGGCGGCGGUAAAGACGGGGGUGGAACUGAGGGGACAGGCUACGGGGGGGUUGCGGAAGCCGUUUGCGUUGUUGAGGGAGGAGCUGCGGGUUGAGUUGGCGGGGUUGGUGGAGAGUGCGGGCGUUACUGUUGUGAAGAGGGAUAUGUGA